AUGGCAAGUGGAGCUCCAGGAGGUAAUUUUAGAACUUGGACACCAACACCACCAGAAAGAGGAUCAUUCCCACUAGAUCAUGAUGGAGAGUGUAAAGAUCAAAUGUUAGCUUAUUUGAAAUGUAUGAAAUUUACAGAGAAUAAAAAUGCCCCCAAUUGUAGGAUAUUAGCUAAGAAUUAUUUGAAAUGUAGAAUGGAUAAUCAGUUAAUGGAAAAAUCUGAAUGGGAUACUUUGGGAUUGGUGAAUUUGCCUGGUGAUAAGGAAACUAAAGUUAAACAUAAAGAUGAUGUACAGAAGGAGACUGUCGAGAAGAAGCAAUGA